AUGGCGGGUAAACGUGGAGAUGGUACGGACACUGGCUGCGGAAUGCGGGAGGAACGGCCAAAACGCGAGGGUAAAAGGAAAAAAGCGGGCCCUAAGAAAGGCGGAGGACCGGCGAAGCCACCACCGCGCCCGCCCGACCGAGUGUCAGCUCCGGUCGUUGGCCUCCAUUCGUUCGAUGUGUACUCCAUCCAUCCUUCUCCCCCGGUCUUCGCUCCACCUUUACGAAGAGGUCUUAUAUCUCCAUCAGGAUACAUUUGCAUGCAUACAUGA